UUUUUAAACCCCGUAACGGAUGAAAUUGCUCCGGGAUACAGCAAAGUCAUCAAGCACCCAAUCUGCAUUGCGGCAAUGGAAGAUAAAGUCGAAUCACACAAAUAUAACUCCCCGUCAGACUGGGAAGGAGACGUCAAUCUCAUGUACAAAAAUUGUAUUGACUACAACCGAGGCAAC